UAUGUCAUGACUCAAUUUUACGUCAUACGUUAAUGUCAUAACAAAUAACAAAAAAAUUAGAAAUUAAAAUAGCAAUUAUUCGAUCUUAUUAACAUUGUAUUUAAUAGUUCAAUUUGAUGAAUAUUCAUUUUAUAUUCAAAGAUGAACACUGAAAGUAUUAUUGGGGAUGGGACGAAAGUUGAGAGAAAGGCACCAACACUUCCCAUUAAUCACAGGUUUCUGGAACCGGAAAAAGCUGUUAAAAGUAUUACAGAUAUGGCCAUUUGGGAGAAAUCUGAGGCUUAUAUGGAAUAUACCGGGUUUAUAGCUACCCUCAAUGAAGCCAUUAAAGGAAAACCAUUGUCUGUUGAUUGUAAAAUAUCAGAUAAUGUAAAAAAAAUGGUAGAACUGCUAGAUAAGCUUGAUAAAAUGAUAGAUGAAUUUCCACCGAUUGAACAACCUCAGAGGUUCGGUAACACAGCAUUUCGAGACUGGCUUUUGAAGGUUAAGAGCAAGUCGACACAGUUCUUACAAGACGCCAUUGACCUUCAGCUACAUUUGGCAAUCCCAGAAAUCAAAGUGUAUCUAGAGGAAAGUUUUGGUAAUGCUACAAGAAUUGAUUAUGGGACAGGGCAUGAAAUGUCAUUCAUUAUGUUCCUCUGCUGUAUUUACAAAAUCGGUGUUCUUGUUAUAGAAGAUAAUGUAGCGACAGUUUUCUUGAUAUUUAACAAAUAUCUACAGAUUGUCAGAAGAUUGCAGCAAACAUACAGAAUGGAACCGGCCGGCAGUCAUGGUGUUUGGAGUCUAGAUGACUACCAAUUUGUACCAUUCAUCUGGGGUAGCUCUCAACUUAUCGAUCAACCCAGAAUAUAUCCACCAGUCAAGUUCCUUGAAGACGAUAUCAUUGACAAAUAUGCUGAUGAGUACAUGUUUUUGUCAUGCAUUAAAUAUAUCAAGGAAGUGAAGAAGGGCCCGUUUGCGGAGCAUUCCAAUCAGUUGUGGAGCAUCAGUGCAGUUGGUUCCUGGUCCAAGAUAAACCAAGGAUUGAUUAAAAUGUAUAAAAAGGAGGUCCUCGCUAAGUUUCCAGUGAUUCAGCAUGUGCUAUUCGGAUCUCUUCUACCAAUCCGUAGAUUUCCUAUACAGCACUAAAUUAAAAUAUUUUCACGUAACUUACUAUGACGUAAUAAUUGUAGCUUCCAUUACAAACAGAGCUAUAGUAAACAAUGGAACGGCUUGGAAGAAAUUAUUUCUAUGUCGUAAGCCUUAACAGAGCUAUAAUAAACAACGGAACGGCUUGGAAGUAAUUAUUUCUAUGUCGUAAGCCUUAUAUGUAUGUGAUUUCAGUAUUAAAAAAAAAUUCAGUAAUUUAUUGAUGAUGUGCUUAAAUUUAUAUCCCCGUUAUUGGUGUUUGUAAAGUACUCGCAUAAAGUAUUUCAAUGCUUUGAGAGAUUUAUCCGAAUACUUUUUUAAAUUAUAACAUUCUUAUCAGCCAAUAUUAAUAUUUCAGAAUGUUUUAUGCAUACAUAUAUAUUUUUAAUUUAUACCCGCAUCUGAUUAAGUUGGUAAUUUUCAACUAGCUCGCAUUCGAUUAUGCUACUAUACUAUACUAGCUGGCAUAUAAUUAAAUAAGAUUUUGAACUCAAUGUUUUGUUGUGUGUGUAGUUUAACUAAUAUAUUGAAUUAUUAUUUUUCUUUAUUUUUUAUUUAUUUGAUGUCACUCCUAUCAGCUGCUAUAUAAACAUUAAAAUUUAUCAAUAAA